AUGGCGAAGCCGCGCGCGCGCGACGGCGUCGAAACCGCGCCGCCGUCGCCGACGACGCCGCACGACGCAUCGUUCCCAGGCGCCGCCUCGAGCUCGGACAGCGACGCGAGCGAUGGCGCGGCCGACGUCUCGCGAUGCGUGCGAGAGAUGUUGCGAGCGAUGGGAGAGGACGUGGAGAGAGAGGGUUUAAUGGACACGCCCGCGCGCGUGGCGAAGGCGCUGGCGUUCGCGAUGCGAGGAUACGACGCGUGCCCGACGGCGGCGUUAGGGACGGCGCUCUUCAACGAGGACGGCUUAGCGCGCGCCUCGAGCGCGAGCACGAAGGAAGACGUCGAACUGGGAACGAACGACGUGGUGUUGGUGAGAGAUAUUCCCGUUUUCAGCACGUGCGCGAGGACGUUCAUGCCGUUUUACGGAGUAAUUCACGUCGGGUACGCCCCUCGCGCGGGCGUCAUCGUCGGCUUGAGCAAGCUCGCGCGCGUCGCGGAGGUGUACUCGAGGCGAUUGCAGACCCCCGACGGGUUAGCGCGCGCGGUGGCGCAGGCGUUAGAUGACGUCGCGUCUCCGCUGGGGGUUGGCGUGAUGUUCACGGGCAUGCAGUUGGGACCGUUUGAACCGCGAAAAAUGGAGGGAUGGGCGUCGACGGGGUGCUUCGCCGCGACAAACUCCGUGUGGUGGGACGAGUUUUCGGCGCUCGUAGAGCUCGGCGGUGGACCGUCCGAACUUUCGCGUGGGAUCUGGGGCGAUGAAUCUCGCUGCGGCUCGUGCGAUAACGUGCAAGGUGGAAAGGUAGCGACGACGAGGGGCGAGACGGAGACGAUGAUGGACGCCGCGGCUUCGCGAGCCGCGUCGGAGGUUGACGAGUCCGUUUUCUCGAGCGUUUCCAAGCUCCUUCGGGCGUUGAAUUUAGAGAAACGAGUUUCAGAGGCGACCGACGGAGAGGUGACGCUGGAAGACACCGCGAAGAGGUACUCGCAGUUGCUCGCGGCUAUGCGAUCCGGAGCCGACGUGCCCUUCAACCUGAUCGCGGAAUCAGCGACGCGAGAUGGCGAGUCGAACGACGGCGUGGACGAAAUCGAGGAUGGCGUGUGCGUCACACGCGAUCUUCACAUGUCCACGGUGUGCGAACAUCAUCUCUUGCCGUUCCAUGGCACGGUGAGUGCGGCGUAUAUGACGGGUCCGGGCGCGCAACCGCUCAGCCGCGACACCCUCCAGGCCAUCGUCAGUCGCCAUUCUAGACGGUUGCAGGUGCAAGAACGACUCACGCGAGACAUCGCAGAAGAGAUAAGCACCCUCACGGGGGGCGUUGGAGUGAUUGUAGCCGCGCGCGCCUCACACUUGUGCAUGGUGAGCCGAGGAGUCGAGAAACCCGGUAGCUCAACGUGCACGGCUGUGAAACUCGGGCAGUUCGCCCGUGAGCCCGCGUUGCGCGCGCGCGUUUGGAAGCGCUUAUGCGCUACAGGGAAUUUAUAA